UCGAUGACAGUAAUGUCACACGACGAUUUCAAAAAUAUAUCCAGAACAUUCAACAACAUCCAGACCUCUAAAGAUAUUUUUGAUAAAUAUGAACCGGAAGACGUCGUCGUUGUCAAAUGGACAAGUUACAGUUCGGAAAACUGGGACAUAUCGCCUAAAGGAUACACGAGUCUCAUCGAUCAAGUCAAAACAUUCGAUUCUUUUACUGUCCGUCUCGUCAUCGAAUAUGUACACGAAAGUAACUCCGAGGAGUGCGGCAAAGAAGAAAAAAUCUUUGAACAAACGUCCGCUCCAUUUGUAGCGCUUCAACGCGAAGCGCUUGUAAACAUGAUGAUGACCGAGACAGCGACCGAACCGCUUUGGAUACCGCUUAUUUUUCCGAAAUUUAUUUCCAUCGAUAAGGACGGAAUACCGGAAAGCGUUCCGCUUAUGGAACCCCUGCACGGAGGUGGGAAAUACAAGAAUCGUGUGAAGCUUACGAUCAAAACUACCAGUACUAUCUUAAAGAUCUUGUCCACAAUAGCUGUAAGGAACCGACGAUUUACGUUUUCAAUGACAAAGUAUUCUCAUCAACAGUUUCAUACAUUACAGGAAGCGGAAUUCUUGGAAUGUAUCUUAUCUAUUUCAUGAUUAUUCUUUCGGUGCUCAGAGAUAUGACCAUUAAAGCUGAUGAAAUUUGGAUUGAAGACAUCGACCAUCCGGAGAAUCUCAUGAGGAAAUGCAUAGAGGUAUAUCUGGCCAGAGAUAUGGAGAAUUUCGAACUAGAACAAGAAUUAUUUGAAGAAUUGAUAUUCAUCAUGAGAUCCCGUGAGAUAUGCAUAAAAUUAAGCAGA